AUGUCGAACUUGCUCGCAACCGAUGUGGUGCGGCCCGUAGAGGGCUUUGGACGCCCUUCACUGACUGUCGAUAUGGAGAAGAAUGAGACAGGUGUCAAUACUCAGGCUCACGAGGCUGGCAGCGAUGCCGAAACCAAGUCUGUCGAGUCGGAAACCUUCCAAAACGGUGUUCAGCGUGUCCGCGCAAUCACAGAGAUCUGGGACAAGAAGACCCUGAUUACCAUGUUUGUCUUCUUGUACCUCAUCGAGUUUGUCGCUUUCCUACAGAAUGCCAUGGACACAUCGCUCGGCGCUUUCGUCACUUCGACAUUCGGCAAACACGGUCUCCUGACAGUCAUGAGCAUCAUGGCGACUGCACUCAGUGGUUGCAUCCCCCUCGUCAUCGCCAAGGUCAUCGAUGUGUUCGGUCGCGUGGAGGGUUUCUUCGUGAUGCUCAUCAUCAUUGUCGUCGGUAUGGCUAUGAAAGCCGCUUGCCUCAACGUACAAACAUACUUCGCCGGUCACAUUCUCUACUGGGCGGGUCACAUCGGUGUUCUGUUCGUUUGCGACAUCAUGGCUGCCGAUAUCACCACGCUGAAGAACCGUAUGAUCAUCUUCACCAUCAACGGAACCCCUCGCAUUGCAGCUACAUUUGCCGGACCUAGGAUCGCCCAGAACUUCUGGGAGAGUCCUAACUGGCGUUGGGGAUACGGUGCCUUUAUCAUCAUCUUCUGUGGCAUCUCUCUUCCGGCGAUGAUCUUGAUGAUAGUCAUGUACCGCAGGGCCAAGAAAGCUGGUUUGAUCAAGAAGGUCUCAUCGGAUCGCAAUAUUUUCCAAUCACUGUGGUUCUACUUUGUGCAGUUUGACAUCUUCGGUAUCAUCCUCCUCAUGUGCGCAUGGUGCCUCUUUGUGUUGCCUUUCAGUCUCGUCACCUACGCUCCGCAAGGCUGGAAGACCCCUUACAUCAUCGCCUGCAUCGUCCUCGGUCUCUGCCUUUUCCCUGUCUUCUACAUCUGGGAAGCCAAGUUCGCGCCAUUCCAAUUCCUGCCCUGGCACUACCUCAGGAACCCCACCAUUAUCGGCUCUUGCCUGCUUUAUGGUGCCAUGUUCCUUUCCGUCUUCUGCUGGAAUGGAUACUUCAAUUCGUACCUGAUCGUCGUGCACAGGCAGAGCAUUACGAACGCUGGAUACAUUCUCAACGCCUUCUCGCUCACUUCUUCCACGUUCAGCCCGCUUAUCGCGUGGUGGAUCCAUCAUUCCGGUAACUUCAAGUGGACGGCCGCCACUGGUGUACCGAUCGUUCUGCUCGGUACCGCUCUGUUGAUUCCAUUCCGAAACCCCUCCACCAACCCUGGUGUCCUUGCUUUCACUCAAAUCCUUGUUGGUCUCGGAACGGCCUUCUUCGCCACCUGCGGUCAACUCGCCGUCAUGGUUCCCGUCACUCACCAGGAAAUCGCCGUAGUCAACGCUAUUUGGGGUCUUUUCGGUAGUUUCGGUUCUUCCAUCGGAUACGCCAUCGCUGGUGCCAUGUGGAACAACAUUCUUCCUGGACAAUUGCUCCAGCGUCUGCCCGAGUCUAGCAAGGCGGACUACAGGACUAUCUUUGGCGACAUCACAGUUCAGAGUUCGUUCGCUGAUGGUACCCCAGAGCGCGAUGCCGUUGUUGGUGCUUACGCCGAUGUACAGCGGAAGAUGGUCAUCACGGGUGCUUGCUUUGUGCCACUGUGCUUGGCUUGUAUCUGGGUUUGGAAGAACACCAACGUCAAGAAGCUUGAGAAAGAGGAGGGCAAGCAGACCAAGGGUACCGUCUUUUAG